GUUCCAUGAGAGCGCGUGAUGUGGUAGUGUUUCGUGCGGGUUAUCGCCCUUGAGAUCUUCCGUGGCAGCAUGGAGCUUCUGGAGACCCGGAGUGAGGGAAGCUGAGCCAGCCGUAAGUUUCGCGACAAGUGCUCGAGGUGACGGUUCAUGUGUGUUGUUCUCAGUUCGUUCUUGUAAACCUUUAAAAAUAUUUGAUAUUUUUGAGAAAUUUGGAUGAAAUCAGCUGAAUAAUGGUAUUUUAACUGCUGUCGACUUAGAGCGAUAAAUAUCUUUGAAUAUACCUGUUUUUAGUUACAUACUUUCCUUAUAUCUUUGCGAUAUGUGUGAUGAAGUAAGUUCAUCAUCAUGCAGCCUCAUGGCACCCGACCAAAACUUCACAUCCGGCCCAAAAGUCACGUUGGUAGAUCGGUUCGAUCCCAUUUGUUGUUUCGCUGAUAAUGUUUUGAAUGAAAACAUUAUCGUGCAAAGCCAAGUACCACUGUCCGCGGAAAAUUCAAUUUGUACGCCGUCGUUGAAUGUUUCUGUUGACUGCACCCACCCACUGAUCAGUGACGAUAAUAAUACGACUGCCCUCAUUUCAACUACGAGCUUCUUAACUUCGGAGUCGUUGACUCCAACUGACUUUGCGACUGUUCAUUUUUGCUCUGAAGAUUUGUCAGAUGCUGACGUUGAUCCGUUCUCAGCCACUGUAGUUUACUCCGGUCUCACCGCUAUUGGUGAUCUCAGAAACGUCGACACCAUUAACAGCGAGGUGACCAUCUUGGGGGACGGUCUUGAGACAAGCAUUCAAAUUCAUUUAACCGAAUAUGAGCCUUGCACGUCUACUGUCGACGAACUUUCGCUCAAGCAAACCGAAGCAUCGUUCAACAACGAGAAAAAAACUGCAAACAAGAAAAGUCGGCCUAUCUACAAGCACGUGCCUCACCACGAGAAGCCCGUGCAGCUGGUGGAGCGGCGCAACGCUCGCGAGCGGCGAAGGGUCCAGUCCGUCAACUCCGCCUUCGUGAGGUUGAGGCGAGCGCUGCCCAGUUACGCCCUUACGAGCCGAGGCAAAAGAAUGAGCAAAGUGAAGACGUUGAAGGCAGCCAUGAAUUACAUAUGGACGAUGCAGCAACUUCUGCUUCUAGAGCCGGUCACGUCAGCGGCGACGAAUUGAGAACUUUACCUUGAAGCGAAUUAAGGUAAAAAUUUCGUCUUGCAUGUAAGGCAGGAAAAAAAAGACAUCUUUGACUCUCUGUUGUGGAGUUGCUGAAGCGAACACCAAAUGACUAAAAUUCUCUAGUCAGUAUGUGAUUUUGUUUAUAAUAUUAGCGACGCUAUUGGGCCGUUGCAGUUUGAUCAUUGCUACGAUAUGUGAAUGUGUGUUAUCCCAUAAAUUGUUGUCGACGAGCAUCGUACUUAAUUAACGUUUGGUACUACAGCCGCCAUUUUUUUGUAAUUGUUUGCAUUGUAAACACUUACACAGUUGGGUGUACGUUUUAAGUACUUAGGAGGAGGAUUUUGAAUCAAUGGAGCAGAAAUCAAACGCCUGGUAGAUUUCAUUUUAUAUUAUGGACAAGUCAUUAUAAAUCGUAUUUACAGGAUUUCAGUACAUUCACAGUGGAAGGCUGUACAUAAAAAGAUAACACCAACAAAUCACAGGGACGAAUUAACAACAAUGAUUAAGCCACCAAUAUGACACGAACAAAAAACUGUAAAAUGCUCAUUUAUUCUACACGGGCAUUACGCGACGGUAAGGCCAUGUCAAUAUGAAUAACGAACGAAAACCAU